AUGUAUAAAAGACAUGAGCUGAAAAUCAAGUUUCACAAUCAAUUUCGACGCCAAAUCUGCUCCAUUUACCAAGUGCUAGAAAUUCGACAACAAAAAAUGUUCAUAAAAGUUCUGCUUUGUGCGUCUAGGCCCAGUGACAAAGCAAAAAGGGAACCGAAUGCAAAAUAUUCGAACAGCGAGGAAUUCUCGGCGCAAACGGACAAUGCAGACGCGGGUGACCUCGACGACGGUGGGUGUUCGGAGUCGUUCUGCGACGAGGACGAGGAGAUCCUAGGAAGCGACGAUGACGAACAGGAGGAUCCUAAAGAUUAUCGCAGUGGAGGCUAUCAUCCGGUUAACAUCGGGGACACUUUUAAAAAUCGCUACAUGGUUGUUCGCAAAAUUGGAUGGGGCCACUUUUCGACAGUUUGGCUCUGCGUGGACAACAAGUUUGUGGCGUUGAAGAUCGUCAAAAGUGCAGAUCAUUACACCGAAACAGCGAUCGAUGAAAUCCGGCUUCUCUCGUGCGUGCGGGAUGGCGAUCCGGACGACCCCCACCGCGGCAGAGUUGUGCAAUUGCUUGAUGAGUUUCGAGUGCACGGCAUACAUGGAACGCAUGUUGCGAUGGUUUUUGAAGUUUUAGGUCACAACCUGUUAAAGUUAAUUAUUCGAAGCAAUUACCAAGGUAUACCGUUGAGUGACGUAAAGAAUAUCAUGAGACAGGUGCUCGAAGGACUUGCUUAUCUUCAUGAUAAAUGUUCCAUAAUUCAUACUGAUAUAAAGCCAGAGAACGUUCUUGUUUGUAUGACACAUAAUCAUGUGAAAGAAAUGGCAUCGAAAGUCGCCGUUAAACUGAAAGAGGGGACAAAGUUGUCCGGAAGUGAAGUAAAAGAUUUAGUAACACAAAAAAUGUCGAAAAACAAAAGAAAGAAGCUGCGUAAAAAAAUGAAAAAGAACCAGCGGGUUCUUGAAAAUCAGCUUUUGCAAAUUCAACCAAAACAAGAGGGAGAAGCAGCGGAGGAAGAAUUCGAGUCUUUGACUCCUGAUUACGUCAAUCACCAACACCCUGAUUUAACCCUGCACGACGGCAAUGGCGGUGGCGAAGGAGAGCUUUGGUCAGAUGGCCGUCGCGAAGAAGAAUCUAUCAAAGUGAAGAUCGCUGACCUGGGCAACGCAUGUUGGACGCAUCAUCACUUUACCGAAGAUAUACAGACAAGACAGUAUCGAUCAUUAGAGGUGAUCAUUGGCGCUGGCUACGGCCCUCCGGCAGACAUCUGGAGCGCCGCGUGCAUGGCUUUUGAACUGGCCACCGGCGUUUACCUGUUUGAACCGCAUUCGGGAGAAUCGUUUACGAGGGAUGAGGAUCACCUCGCACAUAUCAUCGAACUGUUGGGUUACAUACCUAGAUCUAUCAUUGCUCAGGGAAAAUAUUCGAGAGAGUUCUUCACCAAAUCAGGUAGCAAAAGCAUUAUUUUUCAUUUUUCUCCGUCUCUUAGCCAAAACAGCUUUGGAAUCCAAGGCUUUUCCAAAAUUUUAUCACAAUAUCAAAGUAGUUUAUGUAUUAAUUAUACGAUGAACGAUGAAAUCGACCAAUUAGCAAAGGUAGCUUUUUCAAAUCUUCUUCAUCUUCCUUGGCUGCUUUUCCUUUCGGGUCGCGGAGGCAGACGCGUCAUACAGAGCUUCCAACAUUCCCGAUCCUGUGCCAGAGUCUGA